AUGUACCCCCUCACCCCAGGCCACCACACCUUUCACUCGGAUACCGAAAACCUCACUUUCGAAUACAUCAUCCAAGCGCCCACCUCCCACCACAACCAUGCCUUGGAUCCCAAUAACCUGCUCAUAAUCCAAUGUCCAGCAUGGGGCAUCGGCUCCAACUACCUCCAAGCCGGACUUCAUGCUCUCCUCUCCCCCAGCACAACCCAUCCCCACGCCCAUGCUCUUCUUUUCUUUCAUCCGCGCGGCACAGACGGGAGUUCACGACCAGAAACAGACACGCAUAUGUCAUCCAUGCAUCUCGCGUCAGACAUCGAGAACCUGCGUCGUCAUCUGGGUAUUGAGCGGAUCCCAGCGCUGCUGGGUCAUUCAAACGGCGGGGGGAUCGCCCUAGUAUACGCGGAGUUGUAUCCCCACAGAGUGGAAAAAUUGAUCCUCCUGAAUCAUCGAUUAAUCGGAUUUGACGAUGGAGAUGGCGUGGAUUGGACUGUUUUGCGCAUGGAUCCGCGGUAUAGAGAUGUUCCCUCCAGGGGUUGGAAAGGGAUAAAUUCCUCAUCUGAUGAGGUGUUUACGCAGUCCGUGAUGGAGAGGUGGCCUCUAUAUUUUUGGGAUCCGAGGAAAGGUGUUCCCGACUUGGUGGAUGCCAUUGGGGAGCGGAGGAUGUCUGUUUGGUGUUUUUGCGCGGUUAAUAAGGGUAUUAGGGAUUUGGAGGAGUCGGGGGAGAUGGUAAAUAGGCUGGAACAGGUGCAGGCAAAAACAUUGAUCAUCUUCGGCAGGGAGGAUUGGAUAUGUCGCGUUGCUAAUGCGGAGAGGACGCAUCGAGGUAUUCCAGGGUCCGAGCUGCGUGUUUAUGAGAAUUGUGGGCAUUUUCCAUGGAUUGAACAGAGGGAACGGACGCUGAAUGAUAUACGGACAUUCCUGGACAUCCCGAUUAUGUAG